AUGGAAUCCAGCAAACCGAUGCUCAAAAUCGUUCGAAUCAGCUCUCGUGAGAAACUCGAAGAGCUUAUCGAGUUUAUUUGCGAUGCCUUCAUGGAAGACGACCUGUUCUGUGCCAUGGUCCCUGGGCGUCAUGAACAUCCCGAAGCGGCUCGAGGCAUGUGGCGCAUGACCCUCAUCGAAGAGUACGGUAGGAAAGGCUCUGUAAUUCUCGCUGCUCGUCGACAAGGGGAGAAUGGAGAAGAGGGCGAAUUUGUUGCUUGUGCAGUUUGGUGUCGUUACGGAAAGAGUGAUCUCGCUCGGAGCUGGCAGGGAGACAACUUGAACAAGCGAAUCGCCAGGAUUGAGACCGCAUGGACUAUGUUCUAUCGUUUCUUCCUCCGACAAGCAGGUCCUGGGAUCGCACUAGACGCCUGCAUCGCAGCAGGAGAAGCCGCCGAACAAGCCUACAAGUUCUACCCUGCUGAGCGCUGGCGUCUCAGUCUCCUAGCCACCUCCCCCAAAUGUCAAAGAACCGGUAUUGGAAGGCGUCUUGUCCAGUGGGGCCUUGAUCGUUGCGAGGAGGAGGGAGUCCCAGCGACGCUCGAGUCGAGCGUGUCAGGACGACUGCUCUACGAAAAGAUGGGCUUUCGAGAGGUGGGGACUGUGAGUUUCUAUCAAGGGAAUUGGUCCAUGCCUGCAAUGCUCAGACCUGUGGAGGAGACCAAGAAAACGGUUUAG